GUAAUGCCAGAGACAAACAGCAACACUGCAACUUAAUUUAACAUUUGUGUGCGCAUUUAAUUUAAUCUGCAACAAGAGCAGCAUCAUUUAUUUUUAUUGCAAAAUUUGUUCAUUAUACAAAAAUAUAUAUAAAUAUAUUAAACAACAAAUACUUUAGAACUUUAGCUGGAUACACGGUGAUUUGUGUGUUAUUUUAUUAAAAACUCUUAAGAUAUGAAUCCUACUCUAUGGGUUUUGGUGGCCAUUAAAAUAUUCAUAAUUUUUUGGCUAAUUUAUUACAUCUUCGAGAGGCGUAAGAGAAAAGCUUCUGUCGAUAGUCUCGUUGUAACAGAACAAGGUAUGGUUACGGCGUAUGCUGGAGCACCUGUAACACAAAUUCCCAAAGAUUAUAAUGCAUACAAUCAGCAGCAGUUAUAUCCGCCGGCAUCGGCAAAUACAAUUCCAAACAUAUAUCCCUCCAUUGGAAUUGUGGAUGUACAAUCAAAUAUGGCGCCCGCAAAGUAAAUUAUGGAAUUAAUUAAAAAAAAAGUUUGUAUACCCACAAGUCAAUUGUUUUUUUAUUGUCUUUGUUUUUAAUUUUUUUUAAACACAAAUAUAUGUAUUAACUGUCUGAUUACUUUUUAUAUAACGAACGAAUCUUUUCUCUUUAUAAACUCAAAAAUAAUUGAAAACAUUUUGUAUAAGAAAACUUAGAUGUUUACACACAAAUGAAUGAAUAACUGAAUACUUUUUUGUAAAUUUUAUGCUUUUUUGAUAAAUAUUUUAUAUAUAAUUAAAAAAAAUGAAUAUAACUUAAUGUAUUAUGUAACUAUAUGGACAAAAUAAAAGGAUGUUUAUAAAACUCUA